AUCACCCCCGCGUGGACCCUGGGACCUGUUCAGGCCCCUUCGAGCCCAAGUAAUGCUCAUCUUUUACAGCAACGGCACAUUUCUUCUUCCCCGAGGUCGCGGCCGGCGCCCCCAAAACCCUCGAGAUCUCGCUAGUCCGCACACCCCUCCACAGACACCCCAACCUCCAGCUCUCGAUCCCAGCCCGGCGGAGCCACCAGCACCGGAGGCGCGCCCGAGAUGCGCCCCAACAUCAUCACGGAGGCUGGGGUUUCAACUAGGCUGAACCAGUGGUGGGGCAGCACCCCAUUCAUUACUUCCGGCGUUACCAUAAUAUGUGCGGCGAUAUAUCUGGUGUGCCUGUUGGUUGGAUAUGACUCCUACGCUGAGAUAUGCUUCUUGCCUUCUGCAGUGGCCUCACAUUUUCAAGUGUACAGGUUCUACACAUCUGUUCUGUUUCAUGGCUCUUUGCUUCAUGUGCUAUUCAACAUGCUGACCUUUGUACCCUUGGGGACCGAGUUGGAGAGAAUUAUGGGAUCAGUCCGUCUCUUGUUCCUGAUGUUCCUUCUUGCAACAACCAAUGCAAUUUUCCAUCUCAUCGUCGCCUUCUUGGUGGAUUAUAAUCCUUUAUACCAUGUCUCAUAUCUUGUGGAUGAAUGUUCGAUUGGCUUUUCUGGAGUUAUAUUCUCAAUGAUAGUCAUUGAGACAAGCCUGAGUGGAGUGCAAUAUCGAAGUGUCUUCGGUCUCUUCAAUGUCCCUGCAAAAUGGUAUGCAUGGAUUUUGCUGAUACUGUUUCAGUUUCUCGCUAGUAAUGUUUCAUUACUGGGGCACCUCUCUGGCAUCUUGUCUGGAUUUGCAUACACUUAUGGGUUGUUCAACUACUUGCUGCCUGGACCAUCAUUUUACUCUUCUAUCGAAGGCUUGUCCAUGCUAUCUGUUUGUGUUAGGCGUCCUGGCUUUAUUCUCUGUACUGGAGGAACAACAUAUGGCCAGCUUCCUACACAUUCUAACAUGUCCACUCCACCCAGCGCUCUGAUAAAUGCAAAUUUCUUGAGAAAUAUUUCGUCAUGGAUGCCAAGUAGGCGGACAUCCACUGUUCAGACGUCUACUAAUCAGGAACAAGAAGACCCGAGAUUUCCAGGGAGAGGGCGGACGCUUGCUUCUACAGAAACUGAACCAACUGCAAGGGAGGCCAAUGCAAAUUUGCAUGCUAGGUUGUUGGAUAACUCAACCCCAAGCGACCUUCUAACAAAUUCACAGCAUACAGCAGCAAACGCUGUCAGAGCUGAUGCAACAGUAACAGCUGACCAGGUAUUGUGUUAUGUACCCUUUGAUUUCCUGUCGGCUGUUGCUAUUGGUUUAAUAAUGGUUACUGGACAACUUAUCCUCUGCAGACUGAUACAUUUGAUGAAGAGCUUAAGAAGCUGGUUGCGAUGGGCUUUGAAAGGACUCAGGCUGAAGUUGCUCUUGCCGCCGCGGACGGAGAUCCAAACGUUGCCAUUGAGAUUCUCAUGAGCCAGCAGGAUUAGGGAUUAGCCACACAAUUCUAUAUCGAAGUGAGCGCAGUUAUCGAGCAUCAUAUCUCUUGCUUAUCUGGAGGUUAGGUUCAGACUGUGGAUGGGUAGUGGACUUUAUAGAGAUCAUGGUGACAGAGUGGUUUUCGGAGAAGGUGCCAUUGAUUAUGCAAUUUGUAUAGGUGCAGAAGCUACUGUGUAGUGCCUGCUUGCAUUUGUCCAAUCUUAUGUAGUACACUAGUACUGAACAUGGAAGUGUCAAGGGCUCCAGUUCCAGGCAUCAGUUGACUGAUUUCAUCACCGCGCGUGUAUACACUAAGACUUGAAAGUAUUAUCCAAAAUGAUGACGCUGAUUAUCCA